AUUCAUUACGUCACUUCCCGUGGAUGUUGAGAAUUUUAACAACAUCGAGCUAUCGCUGCGAUCGUAAGCUAGCGCUAGCUGCAUCCGCUGUGAAUCAUUUUAACAGCACAAAGUGAGGGAAAACAUGUCCGAUACGGAGACAAAACCGUCCAGCCAAGACGGGGGGGACAAGAAGGAUGGAGAGUACAUCAAAUUAAAAGUGAUUGGUCAGGACAGCAGCGAAAUCCACUUUAAGGUUAAAAUGACGACACAUCUGAAGAAGCUGAAGGAGUCUUACAGCCAGCGACAGGGUGUUCCAGCCAGCACGCUACGGUUUCUGUUUGAAGGACAGAGAAUCGCAGACAACCAAACUCCAAAAGAGCUGGGGAUGGAGGACGAGGACGUCAUCGAGGUCUAUCAAGAACAGACGGGUGGACUUUGGAACGAUUAAGCCUCCUGCAUUUCUACAGCUUUUUUGUAUUUUAUUUUGUAUGUAUGUACGUAUUUUUGUUCAGUUUCAAACCAUCUGGAUCAAAAGCGACUAAAAGGGCUCCGGUGUCUGGGGAGAGGGGAACGGGCUGAGGGGACGACGAGGACGAGGACGACAGCGAGAUGCUGGUGUUGUCGACUCCGUCGUUAGCAUUCAGCGCGCGUGUGUGUUACACCCAAACAUUUAGACCUCAAAGCAAAUUAUGCCACCAAGGAACAAUCUGCAUCAAAGGAAUAGUUUGCCCACAACGGAAUAUGACGUCAUCUCAUCACACGUAUACCGGCGGCAAAGACAAGUUAUCCCGAUACAAUAUCACAGCGUUGUCAUAGAACAACAGAAAGAGAUGAAUGAUUUUACUGCUCCGAAUCCAAACGUAUCACCGGGGGACCAAAAGCUUUGAGAGGUCCUAGUUUGAUCCGUCGCUCUGAGAUGAUUGCAAUAAC